CAAAAAGUACCGGAAGUGCUGUAGCAAGUGCUAGACAUUACAAUGACUUCGAUUAAAUCGCUUACAUUACAACUUCAGCAACAAUUCUUGGCUGACCGGUCCAAUGUUUCUAUCCCUCUUUUCAGUGAAUGUUUAGAAAAAUGCGCAACUCAAGUGAUCAGCGAUCCAGACGUUCGUUCCGAGCUAGGCUUAUAUACCCCAUUCUGGCAACAGAUUUCCCAAUGCAUAGACAAUCUUAGAGACGAGCUAGCUCAGGACCAGGACGACGAAGCCAUCAGAGUCCUCUUGGUGGAUAACCUUCGUCUAGCGCGGAAUAUUGUCGCGAACGAUGCAAAUAAUCAAGCUACUGCCGUAGCUAGUGGCAUUUCUAGUCAUAUAGAAAAUAUGUUGGCGUGGUGCUUAUUGGAAAACAUACCAGAGAAUCGGCCAGUCACCCGGAUGGGAGUGCAAGCACUAUGCAAUAUGGUGACAGGCAAUCCAAAGCAACAAAGCAUAUUAUGGACGGUUUGGAUGAAUGACAGUGGAUAUUCCGCCUUGUUCACAAAGAUGCUUUUGACAAGCGAUGACAUAACUCUUAUGAGCACUCUCGUUUUAAUUUUUAAUUGCAUAAGGAACGAUAGUGGGCGAUGCCGUAUGUUGAUAGAAUCCCAAACAGGAAAAGUGAUUCUCAACUGUCUUUUAAAGAAUGCAGAACUCGUGCUUGACGAUCAAAACACCCAAAACUUUGAAUUAAUAUUUGCUAUAUUUGAGCAACUGGUUGAGAACGGGUUGUUCUCAAAAGCAUUCAAGAGGUUUGAGUCAAAUGGCGGAGCGGCACUGACCAGUAACCAGACCAUUUUACUCAAGUUAUACGAUUCAGCCCUACAUCGGCAUCAGUCUCGCAUAAGCCUCAAUGAGUCAGAUGAAAAACUGCUGAUCAUCACUCUGCGAGAUACAUGUGCCCUAGCGGUGGAAGCUUUGCGUAAGUUACCCAACGUCUCAACGUCAGCUCUGGGAUCAGGUGACACUGGUGUGGAGAAGAAUGUGACCGAGCCAGAUGCAUCGAGUGACGAUCAAGACAACGUGCGAAUGACGGUUGAGGAUACAGCCAACGCAUAUACCGGCGUCAUUUUACUACUGCAGAUGCUUGGUACUGCCAUUGUGGAUUCCAGGUGUAGUAAAGAACUCAAAAAUGUAUUGAUCAGCAGUGGUUGUCUCAAGGCCAGUUUGGCCGAACGUAAGAUCCCACGCAUCACGAAGUCGAUGGGAGAUAUUGUUAGUGAUACGGAUACAAGCAAAGGCAGCAUGGGAUUCAUGUACAUCAAGAGAGAUAUUGUAAGACUAAUUGGUGCGCUGACUUACCAUGAUCGGCGACUGCAAGAUGAGGUCCGAGAGCUUGGAGGUAUUGGUCUUGUUCUUAGUCAGUGCAAUAUCGAUGAUGCCAAUCCAUACGUAAAAGAACAUGCUGUUCUCGCCAUGCGUAACCUCCUGGAAAACAACCUAGAAAACCAAGCUAUUGUCGAGCAGUUGAGCCCGCAAGAAACUGUACCACAUCCAGUUUUAGAGGAGAUUGGACUGAAAACAGAACUUCGUGAUGGCCAAGUGAAUAUCAAGCGAUGAAGUGUGGAAAAAAGUGCGCCAGGACAAAAUUUUGGGGGAAAAUUGAGGUACCGAGGCCGUGACCUUAUGGUCAUAGAUUUUCGUCAACCCCCCCAAAUCUGACUAUAGAAUAAAAAAAUACCUUUACCCCAGCAAAUCUUCACUUUUCUCUCUUUUCGUUAUUUAUGUCAGCUCCUCAACAGUUUACCGUUAACGUCCCAGGAGCAGUCCAGAAGGACGGAGAAACCCUCCCAAGAAGACAUUUCAAAUUCGCUGAUGCCUUGGUCUCUCAUCCAGACGAUGUGACCAC